UUACUAAAAGACCCAGCUUGUUUGAGUACCGCUGAGUUUUUAGGAAGACUCAAUGACAUAACCGACUGUAUGAACAGUAAGCAUCUGGAUGACAAGAAUCCUUUAAAACGGCCUCUUAAAAAGGAAAAUUCCAACGUAAUCAAAUGUUUAGAAGACGCAAUACCAUAUAUUGCAUCGUGGUCGGUUGUUGGGUCACCUCCACCACCGUGCUUUGAUGGUUUAAAACAAACGCUACAUGGAGUGUUAUCGUUGUUCAACGAAGUUUUCACAGAUGACGAGAGUUUUCUGUUAACUGGACGAUUAAAUCAGGACCCAUUAGAAAACUUAUUUGGUGUCCUGAGAAGACGGUCUGGCUACAGUUCCAACCCCUCAGCCAAAGAAUUCAGGAGGAAUUUACAACACUCUAUGUCGAUCAGAUUAAUGGAUCCACCGUCAUCCGCCAACUGUGAGCCUGAUUGUGAUGACACAUUGGUUUUUGGAGAGGAAGUUGUAGAAAACUCUGAAGCCAGUUUUAAAAUACCUGAAUCUGAGGACAUGAACAAAGAGAACUCUGAUAAGACUAACAUGGUUACAGACAACAACUUAGAAGAGCGUAUGAAUGUUGAAACUGAACACUUGUUAACAGCAGCAGUGACAGAGGAGGACACAAUCACCACCCUCGACGUAUCUGGCCUUGAAGAUAAUGUGAUUUGCUACAUAGCGGGAUGGUUAGGGAAAAAAUGCUUAGACCAAUAUUCUUGCACUGAUUGUGAAUCAACGUUGCUCAAAAGCACAGAAACCUUGGACCUCAACCGGGAACAACUGAUCCAUUUCAAAACAUUUACGAAGCACGACGGAAGUCUAGCUAAACUUUGUAAACCAUCUGAUAUCUUUCACAAAGUUGUCAAAUUCCAAAGUCUGACUUUUGCCAUGUUGUUUCCACAGAUUUGGUCGUCAGAUAACCUUAGUGAAAAGCUAGUAGGUGAUAUUUAUAAAGAAACGGAAAAACGUUGUUGUGCAGAAUGGUGGUUGUCCUGUAAGGAACACAAGCUAUACUUAUUGAAAAUGCUGGUUAAAUGCAAACUGUUUAACUGUGUUAAAUGGAAGACAAACGACUUGAGAGACCAAGCACUCCUGAAGAGACGAGCAAUAGAUGGAGGAAAACUUAACCAGAAACUGAAAAAGUUAAAUCAUCUUUAAAAGUUGCAAGAAUCUUACAAUGAGGGUGGAAAAGAAGCAUCACUGUGAAAUCCAAGUUUUGUAAAUAGAAUUGUAAUAUAUGAGUGCCUUUAGUUCUAGUUUUAUAAUAUUGCAAACUUAUUUGUUUUUAUUUGGAGUUUGUCCAAAAUUAAAACUUAUUUCAGAAAUAUCUU